AUGGACUCAGGUGAACUUCAGGAAGUGCUGCGGUGUCUGGAGCUGGCGGGUCUGGACAAGGACAGUCAUCGCCUUGUCUUGCAAGAGCCGAACACGCCGGGUCUCUCCAUCUCCUGCUGCCAGACCUCCAGCGUCUUUCUGAUGGAGUUUCUGUCGGUAGGUUUCUGCGAUAUUCCACCGCAUCUCUCAUCUGCAGAACUCAAAGAGCAAUACCAUGGCAUUACCAGCUUUCCCUAUAGUUCAGUGGUGGAAUACGUCUGUCGUCCAGGUUACGUGAGAAAUGUUAAUGCCCGAAACGUCCUUGUUUGUGGGAGGAACAGGAAGUGGCACGGAUCAAAGGACAUCUGUACACCAAAGCUGUGCGCCUACCCUGGAGAGCCGGCCAACGGCAGACUCAUCCUAGCAGAAAAGCUCAGUUUCGGUUCAGCAGUGAACUUCACCUGCAACACUGGGUACAGACUGGUUGGAAAUUCUCAAAUUCAAUGUGUGAUUAAAAAUGGGGUUGUUACAUGGGACAGAGAUAUUCCCAUCUGUGAGGCAAUACCAUGUUCACCCCCUCCAGAAAUAGCUAACGGAGAGCACAGUGGAACUGACAAAGAGGUCUUCGAAUAUGGAGCGUCUGUCACUUACUGGUGCCACACUGUCAAAAGGGGAGAGACACCUUUCUCGCUGGUGGGAGAAGCCUCUAUUUUCUGUACAACCACAGAUGACAUAAAUGGUGUCUGGAGCAAGCCAGCCCCGGAGUGCAAAGUGGUUAACUGUGAGCAUCCGAGCGUGGAGAACGGGAAGCUGCUGAGCGGGUACCGGGCUGAGUACACCUACAGAGACACCGUCAUGUUCGACUGCAACUUCCGCUACGCCAUGAACGGCAGCGACACAUCCACGUGCAAAGAAAACGGCCUCUGGGACCCUCCGCUGCCGCGCUGUCAGCUCAAUAGCUGUGAUGACCCUCCAGAUGUGCCUAACGCUGUUAAAGCAAAACUUGCUGGCAAUCUAUUCCCUGUGGAGACUGUCGUUACCUAUGAGUGCAGGGAGGGCCACCAGUUCAGCCCGGGAGAAAACACGCAGCACAUUAAGUGUCUGUCGGAUUUUACAUGGACUAAAACUCCACACCCUUGUGAAAGAAUUCGUUGCCCAAAUCCAGAUGUCAGGAAUGGAAAGCCCUUACAUGUAUGGGAAGAUAAGGACGAUUAUGUGUAUGGAGACAGACUGGAAAUUACGUGUAAUGAUGGCUACACUUUCAAAGGUCAUAGAAACAACAUUGUGCUUCAGUGUACAAGUGAUGGUAGAUGGGACCCAGCGGUACCAGAGUGCACUCUAGAACCUCAUUGCCCAAAGCCAGAUACUGCUCAUGGAAGAGAGGUUUAUAAAAGCAAAAAUGACUACGCAGUUGGAACCCGACUGAGGCUGGCAUGUGAUUCGGGCUAUGUCCUCAGGGGCCAGGACUCGACCGAGUGUCAGGCUGAUGUGAGCUGGGAUCCCCCGUUACCGUUUUGUGAUAAGGCCUGUGGCCCCCCUCCACAAAUCACCAACGGGCAGCGCUCUGGCUCGGGACGGGAGCAGUUCCCCUACGGCGCAGAGGUGACAUACAGCUGCGCAGAGGGUCUGUCCCUCAUUGGGGACGCCUCCAUUUACUGCACCUCUGACGACGGGGUGAACCUGGCGUGGAGUGGACCUGCCCCGGAGUGCAGGGUGGUUCGGUGCCCCAAGCCCGCAGUCGAGAGGGGAAGGAUGACUCCGCAGAGGUUCACGUUUCCCUACGGGGCGGCCGUGCGGUUCUCCUGCGAUGAAGGCUUCGUGCUGCACGGCGAUGCUGAGAGCCGGUGCCUGGCCGACGGCGCCUGGCACCCUCCCCUGCCCACCUGCCAGCCAGUUCAGUGUCCCCAACCCUCGAGACAGGAGGACCUAGUGAUUUACUCUUCUAAAUCACAGUACGAGGUGAAUGAAACUCUGUCGUUCUACUGCAAACAUGAAGGCUAUCAAUCAGUACAUUCAAAAAUUACCUGCGCAGCUAAUGGCACUUGGAUACCACCACCCACGUGUAAAAAGCGUGAUACAUGUGAGAAGAUUCUUCAAAAUAGGGAAGCUUUCCAGUGUGGAGUUCCUCUGACAGAACUGAAAACUCUGCUGGAAGUCCAGAAACUGUACCUGGAGAUCCAGAAGCUUGAAAAGGAGCUAAAACCCACAGCUUCACGGUGCUUCUCAGUCCUUUUUCCAAAUCCAAACAUUACCAACGGGGUGCCAAUACCUAAGCUGGGGCCUGGGGAAGACACGUACAAGUACGGAGAUGCUCUUUCCACGGGUGUUGGUAUCAAAGGCAGCAUCGCCAGCGCUGCCCUGGCGCGGUGCAGGCGUGACGGUGCCUGGGAUGCUGCUGUACCAGGGUGUGAACCAGAGGUUCAGUGUCCUGUCCCAGAUAUCGCGCACGGACAGCUGAAACCUGCACAGAACUUCACAUACGGCAGCACAGCCACGCUUGAGUGCGAUGCUGGCUACAUCCCCGUGGGUGCCACCACCACCGUGCGGUGCCUGGGCAGCGGCAGAUGGCAUCCACGGGUGCCCGCCUGCACCCUAGAGGUACAGUGUCCCAGCCCGGCUGUUCGCCACGGGAGAGAGAUCAGCCCCAGGAAAGCCGAAUACACCUUUGGGCAGCAGGUGGAAUUGCAGUGUGACCCCGGCUAUGUGCUGAGGGGCAGCCAGAGGAUCCAGUGCUGGUCUGACGGGACGUGGAGACCCCCCGUGCCGUACUGCGACAAGGUUUGUGGUCCCCCUCCACAAAUCACCAACGGGCAGCACUCUGGCUUGAGAAUGGAGCAGUUCUCCUACGGCUUAGAAGUAAAGUACAGCUGUGCGGAGGGUCUGUCCCUCAUCGGGGAUGACUCCAUCUACUGCACCUCUGACGAUGGGGUGAACCUGGCGUGGAGCGGACCUGCCCCGAAGUGCAGGGUGGUUCGGUGCCCCAAGCCCGCAGUCGAGAGGGGAAGGAUGACUCCGCAGAGGUUCACGUUUCCCUACGGGGCGGCCGUGCGGUUCUCCUGCGAUGAAGGCUUCGUGCUGCACGGCGAUGCUGAGAGCCGGUGCCUGGCCGACGGCGCCUGGCACCCUCCCCUGCCCACCUGCCAGCCAGGUGACUGUGGGCCCCCACCUCGCAUGACCCACUCCAGACCGUCCAGCGACGAGCAUGCCAGCAGCUUCCCCGUUGGAUCCAGGGUGACGUACACGUGCAUCGAAGGCACCAUCAAAAUCCCCGGGAGGUCGGACAUGGUGGAGUGCCUGCCCAGCGCGCACUGGUCAAAGCUGCCCGAGCCCUGCGGCCGGAGCUGCGGUGCCCCGACAAGGUUGCGGUUUGCUGCCCUGUCCAAGGCGGACCAGAGGAUUAACUUCUUUCCUGUUGGGACCAACGUGAGCUACGUCUGCCGCCCUGGCUACGAGAAUACCUCAGAAAGUUCCCCCACCAGCACUUGCCUUGAAAACCUGGCGUGGUCGGAAGCUGCUGAGCUGUGCAGGAGGAGAUCCUGCGGCCACCCGGGAGCGCUGCCCAGGGGCAGGAUGGUCACCCUUACAGACCUGCAGUUCGGCGCAAGAGUGAACGUGUUCUGUGACGACGGGUACAAAUUAGAUGGGAGUCAUUUCAUCCAGUGUCAGCUUAAAGGAAAUGAUGUUGAAUGGAGUAAACUUCCAACUUGUGAAUUAAUCACCUGCUCUUCACCUCCUCAAAUUAGCAACGGAAAGCAUGAUGGCGAACGUGUAGGAAAAUUUGCUUAUAACUCAACCGUGACUUACAGCUGUGACCCUGGCUUCCAGCUCGUUGGAAACGUGAGCAUCCGUUGUACGAGUACGGACAAAACAAACGGAGUCUGGAGCGGAGCUGUGCCUGAAUGCAAAGGUUCCCGUGGAAAUGGCAUCCAACAAUCUAAGAAGGCUUUCACAUGGGAAAUGAAGCUCAGCCUUUAUAAAAAGUCACUCCAAAAUACCAUCUCCUUCUCCCAUUCUUCUUCUUUCUCCAGGACACCGGCGAGAGGCAAUGCACUAACGCUAACCUUGUUCCACACCAGCGAGGUCCUGGGCAGCCAGGAGAAGCCGGACAUGGCAGAAGUGCUGCUACAACAGAUUCCCCAUCCGUUGCAAAGGAUUAUUUUACCCGUAAAAAGGGAAGGUGACUGUGGGCCGUUGCCAAAUAUAAGCCACGCGGAGCCCCCCGAGGACACUAAACACCGGGGAAGCUUCAGCGUCGACUCCAAAGUAACGUACAGAUGCCUCACAGGUUAUGUUAAACGCCCGUUGCUGUCAGAUACGAUACAGUGCCUUGGAAACUCCCAGUGGUCCAACCUCCCGGAGUUUUGUGGCCGUAGCUGUCCCAGCCCGCUACGUGUGCAUUUCGCUAGAAUAUCACAAGAAGAUGAAAUGCAGAAUUUUUAUGCUGUUAAUACCACGGUGAAGUAUAUUUGUCGCCCAGGCUAUGAGAAUACCACAGACCAGCUCCCCACCAGCACUUGUCUUGACAACUUAGCAUGGUCCGAAGUUCCUGAGCUAUGUCGGAGGGAGGUGAAGUUGCCUGGAGUCAACUUCCAGCUUGUCGGGGUAAGUGAAGUUGUCCAGCACUUGACUGGAAAUACCAAAUAUUCCAAUUCAGAAAUACGGAAUCGUGUGUUGAUUUUACUAAUGAAGUCAGCCAUUUCUUGUCCUCCGCCUCCAGCUAUUCCCAACGGGAAGCACAACGGCAACAGUACAGAGGAGUUCACGUACAACUCGGUCGUGUUGUACACGUGUGACCCUGGGCUCCAGCUUGUGGGAAAUGAAACUCUUCGUUGUACAACGGAGAACAGGGUCGAUGGCGUCUGGAGCGGGUCUCCUCCUGAAUGCAGGGUUAGCACUACAGCAGUGACGACCCAAACUGAACCCUCGGAAGAGAAGACAGCAGAGAAUCCUUACUGGCUAGCUGGGAUCAUCAUGAGAUGCAAAGACAAUAAAAAACAGUCUUAUAAUAUGCAUUUACAAAAGCACGAGACGAAGGGAAGGGAUCCGCUGAUGCACCCAAAGAUAAUGGAUGAUGAGAAGCAGCCCAUGCCAUGGCAUUCCUAUUUUUGCCACACGACGAGUUGCCACGUGUGUCCCACCUGCAAAGAGCGGCUGCACGCUGCCCUGGCCCCCCGCGCCGAGCCCGCCUGCCCCGGCUGUGCCGCCUGCGAGGACUGGCUGAGCGCCCAGCCCGGCACACCACACAUCUACUCGGUCCCCAGCAUUGGCAGCGAGGAGAGCCAAAGCCCAGCAGGCACGAGCUCUCCUGCCAAAGCUGCAGAUGUGCUGAGGGGUGACAGCACAGGAGAAGCUGUUCCGGCACGGAGCGAGGCAGAGCAGCCCGUGGACCACGAAAGCCGGCACGCAGGGCAGCGGCAGCGCGGCGCGGCAGCGGCAGCGGCGCGGCAGCGGCAGCGCAGCGCCAUGGCGCUGCGCUGGCUCUGCGCGGUGCUGCUGGCGUUGCCCGGCGCUUGGGGUGACUGCGGGCAGCCGCCGAGGUUUGCCUUUGCGGAGCCCCUGGAGCCCCUGAAGGAGUCCUACGCCGUGAACACCACGCUGAGAUACAAGUGCCGCCCGGGGUACACGGUAGCCAAGUCCCCCCUGGUCACCUGCCGCAGCUUUGGCUGGUCAGCGGAGCUCGACUUCUGCAUCGGAAAGUCGUGUGGUCCACCGGACAUCAUGAAUGGCAACUUUAACUACACAACCAACCUCCUGUUCGGGGCAACAAUAACCUUCAGCUGUAACGUCGGGUACCGAUUAGUUGGGGAGCCAUCUGUGCAAUGUGUACUUAAAGGCAAUGAAGUUGCUUGGAGUAAGAUUCCAUACUGUGCCAGUAUUCCCUGUUUAUCACCUCCUGCGAUUGAGAAUGGGCAGUUCAUCGGUGGGGACAGAGACUUCACCUUUGGCAUGGCUGUAACCUACAGAUGUAACAGAAAUUUUGCUCUUAUUGGAGACGCUACGAUUCACUGUAUGACGGAUGAUAACCUCGAGGGAAAAUGGAGUGGUCCAGCCCCUGAAUGCAAAAUGGUCAGAUGUAACAGUCCAGAAGUGAAAAAUGGGAGAAGGUUAUCUGGCUUUGGCACUGUGCACACGUAUAAAACUACAGUGACCUUUGAGUGUAAUCCUGGUCACUUAUUGAAUGGUAGUAGUGUAGUUACUUGUGAAGCAGACAAUACCUGGAAGCCACCUCUGCCAACAUGUGACCCAAUCCACUGUGGUCCUGCUCCACGCUUCCCUUUCGCUGAGUUAACAAGGGCUGUGGGUGAGAGCUCUCUUGCUGGAACUAAGCUGAGUUAUCAGUGUAAACCAGGUUAUACUGCAGCAAGUGGGAAGUCCUCUGUUGUCACUUGUCUGAGUGAUACAACUUGGUCUGCAGACCCAGACUUCUGUAUACGACAGCAAUGUACUCCUCCCACGACAGAGAACGGGGAUGUGAUCGCAGACAAUUUCCUGUUUGAGACAGUUGUGGCAUUCACCUGUCACCCUGGGUAUGAAUUAAAGGGGCCAUCUUCUGCCAAAUGUGUGGUAUCAGGAAAUGGAGUUGAUUGGGAUACAGCAUCUCCAUACUGCGAAAGUGGAGCGAACAUGAUCGUUGUUGGAAUCUUCCCCCUCCUCCUGGCAAUGCUGAUUACCAACAUCUACCCCCCAGGAGCCACAGUCUGCGCCAGGGACCGGAGCAUGGUGCUCGCCUUCGCCCUCCGCCUCCUGGGCAGCUCCGCUUUGUUCCUGGCCACCGCGGCUAGGGCUCAAGUUGCCCAAUGCCGGUUCCCACGCGUCCAGUAUGGGAAGAGAGUAUCCACUGCUCGCUAUGUGUACAGAAUCGGGGACACCGUGACGUGUCCUCAGCCACCAAACAUCGCCAACGGGCUGCACAGCGGACAGUCCUUGGACAGGUUUCCCCUGGGAGUGACCGUGUACUACGGCUGCAAGGACGGCUACGCGCUGAUCGGGAACGUGUCCAUCAACUGCACGGAGACCAGAGUGUGGAGCAAGCCCCUGCCCCGCUGUGAAGCAAUCGGAUGUAAGAUACCUGAGGUGCAGAAUGGGAAGGUCUACAAGCCACAGAGCACCUACAAAGCUGGAGAGACUCUUCACUUUGACUGCAACGCCGGUUAUGCUGCAGAGUACACCUACGAGACUCAGUGCCAGCCCGGGGGGACCUGGGAUCCGCCGGCGCUCAUCUGCGCAAAGAUCCGACCGUGCCCCACGCCUCCGGAGAUCACCAAUGGAAAUCACAACGGCCAGGGCAAAGCAUUUUUUACCAUGGGAAUGUCUGUAACAUACACCUGCGAUCCUGGCUACUACCUGGUUGGAAAUGCCGUUGUGCUUUGCAGAGCAUCAGGGAACUGGAGCCGGCCCGGCCCUCGCUGUGAAGAGGUGACGUGUCCUCAGCCACCAAACAUCGCCAACGGGCUGCACAGUGGACGGUCCUUGGACAGGUUUGCCCUGGGAGUGACCGUGUACUACGGCUGCAAGGACGGCUACGCGCUGAUCGGGAACAUGUCCAUCUACUGCAUGGAGGCCGGGGUGUGGAGCUGGCCCCUGCCCCGCUGUGAAGCAAUCGGCUGCGAGAUGCCUGAGGUGCAGAAUGGGAAGAUCCAUGGGCCGCAGAGCACCUACAAAGCUGGAGAGACUCUUCACUUCGACUGCAACACCGGUUAUGCUGCAGAAUACACCUACGAGGCUCAGUGCCAGCCCGGGGGGAUCUGGGAUCCGCCGGCGCUCAUCUGCGCAAAGAUCCGACCGUGCCCCAUGCCUCCGGGGGUCCGCAAUGGAAAUCACAACGGCCAGGGCAAAGCAUUUUUUACCAUGGGAAUGUCUGUAACAUACACCUGCGAUCCCGGCUACUACCUGGUUGGAAAUGCCGUUGUGUUCUGCAGAGCAUCAGGGAACUGGAGCCGGCCCGGCCCUCGCUGUGAAGUGACUGUCUGCAUAAAUCCAGAUAUAGAGAAUGGAAGGCGAGUUGAUGGUCAAGGACUUAUCUCCGCACCUGGACAAACGGUGACAUUUCAGUGUCACAAUGGUUACAGCCUGCAAGGCGGUGCUAAAAUCUUCUGCCAGGAGGAUGGCAGCUGGCACCCUCCUCUUCCUGUCUGCGAUAGACUGUACCAGUACCAGGAGUUCUCAAACAGGCCUGAACUUCCAGGUGGUUGUGGUGCUCCUACAAGGUUACACUUUGCUGAGCUAAAUGAGGAGCAUAAAAAUGAGAUUGAUUUUUCUGUUGGGAAGACUGUGCAAUACACUUGCCGACCUGGAUAUGCUAAACAGCCGCGAAUGUCACCUACUAUUACAUGCCUUGAGAAUGGAAUGUGGUCAGAAGCACUAGAGUUCUGUAAAAGGAAACAAUGCAGUCAUCCUGGUGAACCUGUGAAUGGCAAAAUUACUUCCCUAACAGAUGUCCUGUUUGGGUCAACAGUGCUCUACAGCUGUGAAGAGGGGCACAGGUUAAUAGGACAAUCCAGCAGACGAUGUGAGAUUUCCGGUGGACGUGUUGCGUGGAGUGGCAAUGUUCCCACUUGUCAGCGUAUCCCUUGCAAGCCGCCUCCGGACAUUCCCAAUGGGAAGCACACGGGCAGGCUGCUGGAUGAAUUCCACUUCGGCACAUCUGUAACAUACACCUGCAACCCUGGGUACCCGCUCCACGGAGAGUCCUCCAUCCACUGCACCACCUUGGACGGGAAAAACGGCGUGUGGAGCGGACCCCCGCCAUGGUGCGGAGAGGCAGGAUGUCCUGUCCCACGGGUCCAGAAUGGGCGAAUAGUGUCUCCUAGGACUGCCUACACACACAAGGACACCAUUGCCUUUGAGUGUGAGCCAGGCUAUGUUAUACGCGGCCAGAGAGUGGUACAAUGCCAACUAAAUAACACCUGGGAGCCACCCGUACCAGUCUGCGAGCAGGCUGGCUGCAAUGCACCUACCAGACUGGCGUUUGCUGAGCUGAAGGAGCUGUACAGCAACCAGACCGUCUUUCCCGUGGGGAGGACGGUGGAAUACGUGUGCCGGCCUGGGUACGCCCAGCACCUGGGGAUGCCACCGGCCAUCACAUGCCUCCGGAAUCGGACGUGGUCUGCGGCACUGGAGUUCUGUAAAAGGAAACAAUGUCCUAACCCAGGGGAUCUGGAGAAUGGCAGAGCUGUUGUCCUGACAGACCUCCUCUUCGAGUCCAAAGUUAAUUACACUUGUGACAAAGGGUACAAGUUGGUUGGAGGCUCUCAGAGAACAUGCGAGGUCUCUGGCACACAUGUCUCGUGGAGUGGAGAUGCUCCUGUCUGCCAGCGUAUCGUCUGUGAUCCGCCUCCGGACGUCCCCCACGGGAGACACAACGGGCGCUUGACGGACACCUUCUCCUACGCGGACGUGGUCACCUACACCUGUGAGCCCGGCCACUUGCUGGCCGGAGAGCCCUCCAUCUUCUGCACCACGGUGGACGGGGAGCACGGCGUGUGGAGCGGGCCGCCGCCGCGGUGCGGAGAGGUGAAGUGUCCUCCCCCUCCAGGCAUUGCCAAUGGGAAGCACAGCAGCCAGCCCUCGGACACCCACCUUCCAGGCUCCGCUGUGCAGUACACCUGCACGGAUGGCUACACCCUCAUCGGGAAUGCCUCCAUUAGCUGUACUGCCGGGGGAACGUGGAGCCGGCCCCGGCCCCGAUGUGAAGUGCGACAGUGUCCUUCCCCUCCAAAUAUUAAAAAUGGCCAGCAUGAGAGCAAGGAUGUGAAAGUGUUCAUCCCUGGAACAUCAGUGAAGUACUACUGUGACCUGGGGUACGUCCUCACUGGGAAAACAACAGUUUCGUGUUUGACAUCUGGAACCUGGAGCAUCCCUUACCCCCGGUGUGAAGUGAUCACCUGCACAAGCCCCAACGUCCAGAAUGGAGACGUGGCUGGCGGACAGAGCGCUGUGUACCGUCCCGGGGCCAGCGUCACCUUCCAGUGCCACCCGGGCUAUGUGCUGUGGGGCAGCCGUGAAGCCACAUGCCAGCCCGAUGGCCGCUGGGCGCCUGCUGUCCCUGCCUGCGAGCCGGUGCUGCCUUGUCCUCCACCGCCCGUCAUCGCCCACGCCACGCACAGCGCGGAGCUCGGGGCAAACUUCACCAGCGGCAUGGCCGUGAGCUACAGCUGCCAGCCCGGCUUCUCCCUCCUCGGAGACCCCUCUGUCUUGUGCACGGCCUCGGGGAACUGGAGCCUUCCGUACCCACGCUGCGCAGCUGGCUGUAGGACACCAACAACGUUAUUGUUUGCUGAGCUAAACAAGGAGUAUAAAAAUCAGACUGAGUUUCCUGUUGGGAAGACUGUGAAGUACACUUGUCUGCCUGGAUACGCAAAACAUCCACAAAUACCACCAACUCGUACAUGUCUUGAAAAUCUAACGUGGUCUGAAGCCCAGGAGUUUUGCAAACGGAGAAAGUGUAAUCAUCCAGGAGAACCGGAGAAUGGCAGAGUUAUCAUUACAACAGAUCUCUUCUUUGGGUCAACGGUGAAUUACACCUGCAAUGAAGGGCACAGGCUGGUUGGAGUGUCCCAGCAGCACUGUGUGACUUCGAGCUCUGGGAAGCAAGUGAGGUGGAGUGGUGAUGUUCCCGUCUGCCAGAGUAUCGUCUGUGAUCCGCCUCCGGAUGUCCCCCAUGGGAGACACAACAGGCACUUGACGGACACCUUCUCCUACGCGGACGUGGUCACCUACACCUGCGAGCCCGGCCACUUGCUGGCCGGAGAGCCCUCCAUCUUCUGCACCACGGUGGACGGGGAGCACGGCGUGUGGAGCGGGCCGCCGCCGCGGUGCGGAGGGCGGCUGUGUCCCUCCCCAUCGGCGAUUGACCACGGCCAGCACGAUGGCAAGGAUGUGAAAGUGUUCAUCCCUGGAAAGUCUGUAAAUUACAGCUGUGACCCUGGCUAUUCUCUUAUUGGAAAAACAACUCUAUACUGUACAGUCAAUGGAACCUGGAGCAUCCCUUACCCCCGGUGUGAAGUGCUGCAAUGUCCUUCACCUCCAAAUAUUGAUAAAGGAAAUCACAACAGCCAGGACUUGGAAGUUUUCACUGCUGGGAUGGUUGUAAAUUACAGCUGUGACCCUGGGUACAGCCUCCUGGGAGAGGCAUCGAUUUACUGCGCCGACUCGGGAAACUGGAGCCUCCCUCUUCCUCAGUGUGCAGGUGGCUGUGGUGCACCUCCAAACUUAACCUUUGCUGAGCUAACGGAGGAAUACAAAAAUCUGACGGAGUUUCCUGUCGGGGACACUGUGCGAUACAGCUGCCAGCCGGGAUACAUGAGACACCCUGGAGUACCCCCAACUCUGACAUGCCUCAAAAACCACACGUGGUCUGAAGCGCUAGCGUUCUGUAAAAGGAAGCAAUGUAAAUACCCAGAAACACCAAAGAAUGGCAGAGUUGUUGUUCUGACAGAUCUCCUUUUUGGGUCAACCGUGAGCCACACGUGUGAAGAAGGGCACCGACUGGUUGGACAGUCUCAUAGGCGAUGUGACAUUUUUGGACCAGAUGUCGCAUGGAGUGGUGCUCUUCCCAUUUGUCAAAAGGUGGUAUGUCCAGUCCCACAGAUCCAGAAUGGGAGAGUAUCAGUUCUUAAAUAUCGCUACACAUACAAAGAUACUGUUAGCUUUAAGUGCCAUAAAGGUUUCAUCUUGCGAGGCCAUCGCACAGCCCAGUGCCAAGCUGAUAAAACAUGGGAUCCACCGGUACCAGUCUGUGAGCAGGUAGUGAAGUGUCUGCCUCCUCCAAGCAUUGCUAACGGGGAACACAGCAGUCAUUUCUCAGACACUUUUGAUGUAGGAGCGCUUGUGCACUACCGCUGCAAACAUGGCUUCUCCCUCAUUGGGAAUAAGUCGAUUCAUUGUACAACAUACGGAGUCUGGAGCCAUCCCCCUCCUCGGUGUGAAGUUGGCUGUGUGAGCCCAAGAGUUGGGAAUGGAAAAGCAAUCAGAUUGGAGCCCUGCUAUAGGCCUGGAGACAUCAUUACAAUUGAAUGCAACACUGCUCAUGUCCCAAAAGACCUCCACAAGUCCCAUAUCUGGUGCCUCAUGCUGCACUGUUCCAAGCCUGCAGAUAUCGCCCACGGGUCUCUCAGUGGCCCGGCAAAAGAGUUUUUCACUCCUGGAACAUCUGUAAGCUAUGUCUGCGAGCCCGGCUUCUCUCUCAUUGGGACAGCAUCCAUUUAUUGCAAACAAUCUGGAGCCUGGAGCCAUCCUCCUCCGGUCUGUCAAGUUGUGAAGUGUCUCCAUCCUCCAAACAUCACCAACGGGAAGCUCAAAGGCAACAUCUCUGACACUUUUUCCUAUGGAGCAUCUGUAUCCUACAGCUGCAAUCCUGGUUAUUCGCUCGUUGGGAAUGCUUUCACCAACUGCACGGUGUCAGGAACCUGGAGCCAGCCGCCGCCUCGGUGCAAAGAGAUCAGAUGUGUGUUCCCAGAAGUUCAAGGUGUUAAGAAAGCCAUAAAAGGAAAUACUUAUCGCUUUGGGACUAACAUCACUCUUGAAUGUGAUGAUGGUUACAUGUUGGAAGGCAUCAGUCAGAUUCAGUGCCAAGAGGACUUCAGCUGGGACCCUCCUAUACCAGCCUGUAAACUGACGUCACACAAGUCUGGUUCAGUAGGCCUAGGAGUCGCAGCUGCAGGAGUCCUGCUUCUCCUGGGGGCAGGCAUUGUCUGGAAAAUUAUUUCUAAGCAGAAGCAAGGCUAUUAUCAUACAUACGAAAACUACAGUUACCAAACCGCUCUGAACCAGAUCACGGAACAGAAAUGUUCAUGUCUUCCACAGGAGGCUAGGCAUCCGUGCUGCCGCUAACCAGGCAUUAGGCUCG